AUGGCGUCCUCUACUUCUUGUCUUUUAUCAUUGCCUGCUGAGAUUCUUGAGGUCGUCAUCGAUGAGGCUUGUGCAUCGUCGGCUGACCUCAGCGUUCUUGGCCUCGUGUGCCGUGGUCUCCAUUCAUUCAUCACGCCCAGGCUUUACAAAUCUGUCAACUUAGUGGGCUAUGAGAGGGCAAAACAGUUCUCUUCGACAAUUUCCCAGCGUCCUAAAUUGGCACCUCUAGUACGGAAGCUGCAAAUUCAUUCCCAUGGCACGGACGAGGUUGAGGACGAAAAUUGUUCAGAGGACUUUGAUUCAACAAUUACCCAGUUGAUCAAUUUGGAGUCAUUAGCAUUGCGAACCGACUUCUUCAACCGCUCAAAAGCUCAAAAGAUCGGUAUCAUUUGUCGACCACAUAAAGUUCUCCCCGCACUCCGUUCCAUCAAUCUUGGCUUCGACUACUACCGCGAUUAUGAAUGGUCUCUGACUCCAUACGAGGCGCUCUUCUACCACUCAGAUCUUGCGUCGAUCAGUAUCACAGGGGCCGCAGUAUCAGCAAAAUGGGAUUAUCAAGAUAUACAUCCCCCCGCACUCCGGUCAACGAAACUAGAAGAACUAGAGCUGCUGAAUUGCAAUAUCUCAAGCCAAGAGCUAGAACUGAUGCUGCGGUAUCCGCGUGCAUUAAAAAGCUUUACCCUCAAGGGAGAACCUGCGGAGUCGAAAUAUGGGUUCACUUGCGGGAGUGACCGAGGUGAAUAUGUUGACGUUCUCAAGGCCCACUCAUCUUCCCUCCAAGUCCUGGAUCUGGAUCUAUCUUAUGACUGGAGCGAAGAAAUCGAUCUUAGUCCUUUUACAGCUCUUGUGAGUCUCACUAUUACACCGAGGAUGCUGGUCGGAGAUAGAGGUGGCGACAAAAACCCCGCAAAUGAGAUUGACUUGUCGCACUGGGGGGAAUUGCUUCCACCAAGUCUAGAACGUCUUACAUUUCGCUGUGAUGGGCUAUUCUUUCCUCUGGAUGGGAUUUAUGAGGCUGUCUCCACGGGAAAGCUCCCGAUAUUGAGGUGGUUCGCAUGCGAAAUGCGAUAUCAUGCUGAAAGUAUGGAAUAUUUCCGCGAACCUGAAGAGAUCUUGGCGGACAAGUGUACAUGUACAGAAGGCUUGUCUUUUUCUCAGGCUUUCGAAGCGCUGGGUGUCAAUAUUUCGGUUGUUGCAUUGGGUGAUAUACGAUAUCUCCCCCAAAAGAUGACCUCUGACUGUAGAUGCUGGAGCUAUCAGCAUCGUCGUAUACAGCGUUUCUGGUAG